GCUUAGACAGGUGUUGCUGGGGGUUUGCGCAUCGUCCGCUAGAUCGUUUGGCAGGAUGGGAGCCGCCGCGGGAACACCUACGCGUCCCCUCCAGCACCACCACCACAACCACCACCACCAACACCAGCAGCAGCAGCAGCAGCAGCACCACCGCCACCACCACCGCGUCCCGCGUGUUCCGGCAGUGCGCUGUUCGUGAGACGGAGUUCUCGUCCCGCUGGAGAGCGGCGGAGCGUCGCGAUGGUGCACCACUCGGGCUCCAUCCAGUCCUUCAAGCAGCAGAAAGGCAUGCACACCAGCAUCAGCGAGAUCCUGAAGGAGAAGAGCCUGAAGCCGUCUCGCCGCAGCCUGCCAUGUCUGGCCCAGAGUCAGACUCAUCCGAUCAACCUCAACCACUUCCUGUCUGUGCCUCUGACGCCGGAGCCCAAGGCAGAAGUCGAGGGUCUGAGUCAGAGCGUCAGCAACUCCUGCAGCCUCCUCCCCCCGCAGGCAGCAGAGGAUGGGAAGGAUCAGUACGUCGAGGAGUCGGAGGUGACUCCGUGUGAAACCAGGGCAGAGGAGACCUUCCCGCUCCAAAAGCCUGUUACCCGCGUUAAAUUAGAGGCCCGCCCGAAUUCGAUUCAGAGAAAGAAUCCAGCUCGGUCCUCUGGGCUGUUCUUCCGAGAAGGGAGGAAGCGCAUUGACUACAUUCUCGUUUACAAGAAGUCCAGUCCGCAGGUGGAAAAGAGGUGCACCUUUGAGAAGAAUCUACGUGCUGAGGGUCUAAUGCUGGAGAAGGAGCCGUCGUUGACGAACAACGACAUCAUGUUUGUCAAGGUCCACGCUCCUUGGGAUACGCUCUGCAAGUAUGCGGAGCAGAUGAACAUCCGAAUGCCUUUCAGGAAAAAAUGUUACUUCACGGACUGGAAGAGCAAAACCUUGGGCAGCAGAUUUCAUCUGAGAUGCCGUCAGAUAAAAAGCUGGCUUCCCAGAAAUCCCAUGAAAUUGGACAAAGAGGCCUUGCCUGACCUGGAGGAAACCGACUGCUACACGGCCCCCUUCAGCAGAGCUCGCAUGCAUCACUUCACUAUCAGCAACAGAGGGACCUUCUUCUCCAAUUCCACCAGAAGCAGAAUCGUUCAUCAUGUGCUGCAGCGCACCAAGUACGAGGAGGGCAAAUCAAAGAUGGGUAUCAACCGCUUAUUGGGCAACAGCACAUAUGAGGCUGCAUUUCCUCCUCACGAGGGGGGUUACAAGAGCAGACACCCAAUCAAGACGCACGGCGCCCAGAACCACAGGCACCUUCUCUAUGAGCGCUGGGCCCGCUGGGGCAUCUGGUAUAAAUACCAGCCUCUGGACCUGAUCAGGCGGUACUUUGGCGAGAAGAUCGGUCUCUACUUUGCGUGGUUGGGCUGGUACACCGGCAUGUUGAUCCCUGCCGCCCUGGUCGGCGUCUUUGUCUUCCUCUACGGCCUCUUCACUAUGGACUCAAGCCAAGUCAGUAAAGAGAUUUGUGAAGCCAACACCACCAUCAUGUGUCCUAUGUGUGAGGACACCUGUGAGCCGUGGAAGCUCAGUGACAGUUGCGUCUAUGCAAAGGUGACCCAUCUCUUUGAUAACGGCGGCACUGUGUUCUUUGCCAUCUUCAUGGCUAUUUGGGCCACAGUAUUCCUGGAGUUCUGGAAAAGGAGGAGAGCAGAACUGACCUAUGACUGGGAUCUCAUUGAUUGGGAGGAGGAGGAGGAGGAGCUCAGGCCUCAGUUCGAAGCCAAGUACUCCAGGGUGGAGAGAGUUAACCCCAUCUCUGGCAAGCCCGAGCCGUUCCAGCCCUUUUCAGACAAACUCAGCCGGCUCAUGGUGUCUGUGUCCGGAAUAUUCUUCAUGAUUUCCCUCGUUCUGACAGCAGUGUUUGCCGUGGUGGUUUUCCGUCUCAUCGCGAUGGAGAAGUUUGCUUCCUUAAACUGGUAUUUUGUGAAGAAGAACUGGCAGUUCGCCACCUCUGGCACCGGCGUCUGCAUCAACUUUAUGAUCAUCAUGUCUCUCAACGUGGUGUAUGAAAAGGUGGCCUACCUGCUGACAAAUUUAGAGCAUCCACGGACAGACUCUGAGUGGGAGAACAGCUUUUCUCUGAAGAUGUUCCUGUUCCAGUUUGUAAAUUUGAACAGCUCCACAUUUUACAUCGCUUUCUUUCUUGGAAGGUUUGCUGGCAGGCCCGGAAAAUACAAUAAACUCUUUAAUCGAUGGAGAUUGGAGGAGUGUCACCCGAGUGGCUGUUUGAUUGACCUCUGCCUGCAAAUGGGAGUCAUCAUGUUCUUCAAACAAAUCUGGAACAACUUUAUGGAGCUUGGUUAUCCUUUGCUGCAGAACUGGUGGUCUCGCAGGAAGAUGAAAAAAAGAGGUGGUGGUGGGCAGAAUGUGGAGAAUAAAGCUCAGCUUCCGCAGUGGGACAAAGACUGGAAUCUGCAGCCCAUGAACGCACAUGGACUGGUGGACGAAUACCUUGAAAUGGUUCUCCAGUUUGGCUUCACCACCAUCUUUGUAGCGGCGUUCCCGCUGGCUCCUCUCCUCGCUCUCCUCAACAACAUUAUCGAGAUUCGUCUCGACGCCUACAAGUUUGUCACUCAGUGGAGGAGGCCCAUGCCGGCCCGGGCCACUGACAUAGGUAUCUGGCACGGGAUUCUUGAGGGCAUCGGCGUGCUGGCAGUCAUCACCAACGCCUUCGUCAUCGCCAUCACCUCAGACUACAUCCCCCGCUUUGUCUACGCUUUUAAAUAUGGCCCCUGCAGGGACAAGGGAUAUCACCAUGACGAUGAGUGUUUGCAAGGCUACAUGAACAGCAGCCUGUCUGUGUUUGACAUUCGGGAGAUGAAAAACGACAGCCAGUUCAGGUACUGCAGGUACAGAGACUACAGGGCGCCGCCCUGGAGCUCAGGGCCGUACGAGUUCACCCUGCAGUUCUGGCACGUCCUGGCUGCACGACUGGCCUUCAUCAUUGUCUUUGAGCACCUGGUGUAUGGAAUCAAGUCGUUCAUCGCGUACCUCAUUCCCGACAUGCCUAAGGAUCUCUGCGAUCGUAUGAGGAGGGAGAAGUACCUGAUGCAGGAGAUGAUGUACGAAGCCGAACUGGAGCACCUGCAGAAGGAGAGAAAGAAGAACGGACGGCGUUAUCACCAUGAGUGGCCUUAGCUUCUACCCCUUCGUCUCUUCUGUGUGUCUCCACCUCAUGGCGCACAGCCCCGCCUGCUUAUUCAUGUAUUCUAGCUCUAGCUUCGCUCGGCUGAUUCUGUACACCAAAGACACCCUCUUCGGUAACCAGAUUCUCCCCCCAAACCUGGCGUCCGGCUCUGCACCACACCGUCCCCUCGCCACCUGCUUUACGUCCAGCAUGGCAGAUGCUCCUGGUUUCGGGUUCUGACUCCUGCCCCUACGCCCCCGCCCCUACGCCCCGCCCCUACGCCCCACCUGACUUCAUCCAGCAGGAUGCCCUCGGCUCUGUGCUAUGUCAUGGCUUCACUGUGUGUGUGUGGGGGGGGGGGGACCUGUGCAAUUGUAAUGUUUACUAUGCAGAUGAAGGGCUGCAGCUCACCACUGUUCACUUUCGGCACCCAUCCUGCACUCCUUCUGUGUGGCAGCUAGCACUCCGCUUUGACUCUUGAUUAGUGCAGCUCGGAGCAUGGCCGCCAUUUUCUCUGCGGGUUGUAUGUGACGGCGCACUGAGCGUUUCUUGUUGUAAAAGAGAUUCUGGUGAUGUGGCUACCAAAUACAAUGGACACUGUUCUAGCAAAAAGCGACUGUAUAUUGCCCCUGAAGCAUGCUGAUUAGUAUUUGCAGCGAGAAAUAAAGUAGAAUAAAAAACAACAGCAUCAUUGUGGAGGAUGUAAACAUCCACUCAGUACAUUUGACAAAGGAAUCUCUUUGACGUUGUACCAAGUGCAUGGUAAUAUUGUUUUGUACUUUUUGAUAGACAAAGCCCCCGUCUUGAUGCCUGGUUCGUGUGUGUCUGUACUCGCUGUGAGCCGUGUCUCAACCUCUGUCUGUGCUACUGCUGAGCUUGGCUUUCUUUAGGUUGAAGGAUAAUUGAACUUAGUGAGUUUUGAUUGUGCCUACAGUUGUGCACAUCACAAUUGUGUCACCGACAUCACGUGUGCCUGUCUGUGCUGCACGUGCCGUUUCCCAGUGCAAGAAAUAUUUUUUUUGUGUGAUCUGUAAACUCUCUGAACUCUCCGGUAAGGAUUCGUUUUGGAUGUGAGUCCCACCACAGUACCUACUCGGGUCUCGGCUAAUUGCUCGGAAACCCGUUAUUCGUCGAAAUGUGACUCUCUUCCUGAACAACGGGAACGCUCGCAUGCAGGAGCCCGCAAUUCUGCUCUUCCGCUCCGCGCCUGCGGCCUGGUUUUCAUUUGUUGUUGAAAGCCCUGAAACGUGGUUGGAACUUGGAUGACUUAGACAUACCUGUGGCUUGGACUUUCAGCUUGCAAAAAAAUUAAAAAUAAAUCCACCCACUGUUCCUCAGUGGCAAAGAACGCCAGCACACUACACGAGAAAUUAGGUUUUGUCGAACGCGACCUUUCGUUGCGGCCGGUUAUGUUGUCACGGCUUUUGAAAAGCUCCGAAAAACAGGCAGCAUGAGCGUCGUAUUUAUCCGUGAGGCUGAGUCAGAAUCCAAUAAUCUCCUGUUUUGUUGAUGUUGAGAUGGAGAGUUGAAGAAUGAACCGCACUAAUGGGGGAGGGUUGCAUUUUGUAGGAGAUGAGAGCUUCGGUACAGGUCACGCUGAUCAUACGACGCUAAAAUAUAAAAGGAUUUUAUGUACAUGAGAGAUACAGCAAUUGAAAGAUUAGAACAUUAAGGACAUAAACCUGAAUGCAUUGCAGAACACUGAAUCGUUUUACAAAAAGUGUACAUUAUUUAUGUGUUUAUUUAUUUAUUUUGCUGUUCUGUGUUCAUACAUUUUAUGAUGUAUGUAAUGGUUUUAUACAUUUUGUGCUACCGAUAUGAGUUCACCUGUUUUCACCCUCAGAUAAAAAUGUAACGUCCACAUUUCUCAGGUGUCCUCUGAAUGUUUUAUAUUUUAUAAGAUGUAAUCAAAGGUGUCCUGCUUUUUAAGAUAUAUAUUUUCGCACUGCUGUGCAUUUCCAUGAUUAUGAUGCAGAAUCCAAGUUCAAAGCAUAUUGAUUUUUCUUGCAUAAUCACUGUAAGUGUAUUAUAGCAUUUUAGAAAUCCCACACUUUAUUAUGAGGACAUAUGAUGCAGGUCGUUGGUUAAUAAGUAAUGAUGCUUUAAAGUCAUAUUGUUCAAUCCUUUGUUCAUUAUCAUUUCAUUCACAUAGAGAGAUAUCGGGUUUUUUUACAUCUCAUUUUACUGCUUAGAAAACUAUUCCAGUUUUCAGGAUAUCUUCCCUGCUAUGUGAACAUUCAAAAUCUAUGCAUGUGGUUAUCCUUGAGUUCUCAACGGAUGCAGAUGUUAAUGUACUAGUACAUUUGUACUGUAGAUUGUGCAUGACCUAGCGCCUGCUUUGAGCAGAGCUAACUUUUGUCCAGUUGUUAACACCGUCUUGAACAUAUCACCUCCCUUUUUCAGUGUUUACCCUAUUUGAAGGUCUAGAGAAGACAUAUUUAUUGAUGUGCAGAAUUUUAAACUCUAAUGUGCUGUUUUUUCUAUUUAACAACUUGGACUCCAGACUGAUUUAUACAAUCUUGCCUGGACAUCAUUUCAAGGAGUAUGUCUGCCCCGUUUGAGCACUUAACUGAGAAUCAGAGUUCUGUUUAUUGGGAUAGGGGUAAUUGUAUGAAUGAAUAUGGCCUUGGAUGUUUGACUUAACCAGCUACCAAUCUUUUUUCCUGUUAUCUUCUUCCUUCUGCAAGCAACGGUUCAUCUCCUCACUUGCACAAAUGCUGCACAGUUUGAAAGGCGGCCUUCUGCUGUUGGCGAUAGCAGGAGAAGGGUACUGUAAAAAAGGUAAUCAUGGCAUGACCUUGCACAUUUCUGAAAAUAUAGCAGUUAGGGGGGAUUAAGCUUUCCGUGCUAUGCUAUGCCUCCUAAUAGGAUUGUGCUUGAGCAAGUGAUGUACUUGGCGUUAAAGCACAGUGACGUUAUACCGUAUAUUUAACUGUACAAUAGGAUGGUAUCAGUCGUGACAUGAAGUGUAUCAACAACAUUGUUUACUUCGUUCCUGUUUACAUGUAUCAAAAUAAUGCAAAAGAAUUUGGAUAUCACUCUUUUCUGUAAUAAAUCAUGGAUUGUAUCUUUUAAAUGA